AUGCAUGAUUCAGAAACCCAUAGUUCAAGAGUCACUCAUCCUCAUCAUGCUAGACAUGUUAGGAAUUAUGUUCAACAAUUAGGGCUCAUUGACUUAGGUUUCUCAGGAGUUGACCCUACUUGGUCAAAUCAUCGCAGUGGAGAUGAUCAUGUAUCUGCUCGUCUAGAUAGGGCUUUAGUGAACAGUCGAUGGAUCAAUCAUUAUACAACUGCUCAUCUUCAACACUUAAUUCCGAUUGCUUCGGAUCACUGCCCAAUUUUUCUCCAUACGGUUCCUGCUGCUAGUAAAAGUUCUCCUUUUAAGCUCUACAAGUGUUGGUUUCAACUGGAUUCAUGUACUGAUACUAUUUCUCGAAGUUGGCAUCAACAAUAUUCGGGGUCUCCAUCCUUUCAGUUUUCUAGUAAGCUAAAAUUUACUAGAACUCAGCUGCAAUUGUGGAAGAAAAUGUCCUUUGGCAACAUCGAAAGUAAUCUUCAAAACAUUCAAAAUCAGCUUCAACGUUGCUAUGACAAUAAUUUGACUUCUUCUCAUCCUCAGGUUAAACGGUUAAGUUCAUCCUUGCAGCAAUGGCUUUCAAUUCAUAAGGAGUUCUUCAUGCAAAAAUCAGGUGAUAAAUUUAUUGAGACUGACAGAAACACAUCUUAUUUCCAUUCAUUAGCUAAUUAUAAUAAAAAAAAAUCAAAUAUUAAUGCUAUUCAGGGUCCUUUGGGAAUUUGGUAUGACAACAGAAGUGAUAUUGAAGCUAUUUUUUUGAAUCAUUUUGCAAAAACUCAGAACAACAGUCUUAUCCAGAUUCCUGAUGCUCAAGAAAUUAAAGAUGUUGUGUUUCAAUCAGGCCUUGGGAUUCUCCGGGUAAUGAUGGGUUUCAGGCGGCUUUUUAUCAACAAUGCUGGGAUAUUGUCGGCUCAGAGACAUAUCCAUGACAAUAUUAUUAUUGCUCAUGAGAUAUUGCAUAGUAUGAAAACUAAGAAGAUUAACAAGGCUUUAGUUGGAUUAAAGUUAGAUAUGUCGAAAGCUUUCGACAGGGUAGAAUGGUCAUUCUUGCUUUCUAUUUUUCGCCAACUAGGUUUUCAUGCUGACUGGAUUACUUUAAUUGAGCAAUGCAUUUCUACUUCAAAUAUCUCUAUUUUGAUUAAUGGUAGUCCUUCUUCGACUUUUUCUCCGACUCAGGGUAUUCGUCAAGGCGACCCACUGUCUCCGUAUUUGUUUCUUUUCAUCAUGGAAGCUUUCUCUCUUCUUAUGAAGCUUAACAUUGAUUCUGGUCAUCUUUCAGGAAUUAAAAUUAAUCGUCAUUGUUCUUCAUUCAAUCAUCUGUUUUUUGCAGAUGAUUGUUUGUUAUUUUUUCAAGUCGAUUCUUCUCAAAUGAGACAUCUUCAACAUUUGCUUCACAUUUUUGGGCAAGCUUCAGGUCAGGUUAUAAAUAUGCAGAAAUCAACUUUGUUUUUUGGUAAACAUACUUCUAAUGCUCAUAAGUCUUGUAUAACUAGUAUUCUUGGUAUGAAAGUUGUGGGACUAGGAGACAAAUAUUUGGGUAUACCUCUUCUGCUUCACAGAUCUAGACAUCAGAACUGCCAAGGUAUAACUGAUAACAUGUAUAAUAAGUUGCAGGGUUGGCAGAGUAAAAUUGUUAAUCAAACUGGAAGAACUACGCAAGUGAAUUCUGUUCUCAGCACCAUGGGCAUGUACCAGAUGCAUGUAUUUAAAUUACCUGAAACUACCAUCCAACAAAUGGACAGAAUUCAGCGGAAUUAUUGGUGGAACAAUUACAACAAUCCUCAUUCUCAAAAGUUCAUCUCUUGGAGUAAGAGUAUCUGUAUUGGACUAGAGAUUGUAUUGAAAAAUGCUAAAUGGCAAGUAGGUAAUGGUUCAAGUAUCAACAUCUGGACCUCUAACUGGAUUCCUUCUUUGAGUUCUGCAUUACAAGAUUGGAGUGAUCUAAAUACUCGCAACUAUCAGUGGGUUUCUAAGCUUAUUGAUACCAAUACUGAGCAAUGGAAUGUGCCGCUUCGUCAUCAACUUUUUACACUUGAUCAGAUAGAAGACCUGGAUCAUAUGUUGCUUCAUUACCCUUUCUCUAAGGCGAUAUGA